GUGUUCUUAAGGGAUGUUUUUCUAACCUAGGUCCAAUUAUAUCACAUGCAACGCCGUAUUACGCUGCCGUCUGCAAAGCGUAUUGUGAAUAGCCAUGCCAUGUCAUGUCCAGGGGGGCCCAGCAGUAAUGAGUGGCGCAGGGCGCGCAGGGAGCGCGGCGCCCGCCGGAGGCCUGUGCCGCGGCCUCUCGCUCCCACAGCGCCCCCAGCGCAUGCUCGGAUUGAUUGCUUCUGGCGCCGCCGUCUACAACGUCCACACCAUCGAGAGCACCUUCGGGCACCUCAUCGAAGGCUAUUCACCAUUAUUGAAGUUCUUGAGCGUGAAGCUCUUGGUCUUCUUUGCGUUCUGGCAGCUCAAGGUCCUCCUGGUCCUCAAGACCGUGGGGAUAUUGCGGCUGCCUGAGCUGCAGAUCAAGAUGCUCCACGCGGCGCUGCUCGUGUUUGAGUGCUUCGGCUCCGCCGUGCUGCACGUCAAGGCUUGGAACGCCACAGAGGUGUGGUACAAGGCCGACAGCGACACGGAGCACGUGAAGGCCACCGAGGAGGGUGCCCACGAUGAGAAGGUCACCAACGAUGAGCGAAGACCGUUGCUUCACAAGCGCAGCAGAUAGCGGCUGCUGGAGCUUGUCAGGCGUAGGCGCUUUCAGCGCAUCUGCGCGCAGAUGAGAACGGAUGAUGCUGCUUCGGUCGAAACAUCCUUGCCCCGC